AUGGACGAUCCCUCCGAUUGUAGUUGGACAUGGCCCUUCUGGAAAUUCGGGCUGAAGAAGGACGACCUGUUCGGCGCUCUCCAUGAACGCUAUAACACGGUCCCUUCCCCUAUCCUUGACCCCGAAGCCUUCCACCACGACGUCUACGAGUUAUCUCAGAAAGCCGCCAACCCCGAUGAGUUCCACAACCUCCUCCAGUCGCGCAAGGAACAACGCCUUCGCGAGCUGAACGAGACGCUCGAGUCGGCCGCUGUCGAGAUCAUCGCUAACCCGACCCUCAUCGGUACGGAGCAGUGGCAGUACGCUGUCCAACUCUUCCGCACCAAGUCGCUGGACUCACUCGUCCGCUAUUACGCAUCAUACCUCCCAUCUGAUCACCCCUGGUACAAGUCGGCGAGCUCGUCGACGAGCUCCGAGACGGGUAGCGUUGGGUCGCUGACGGACUCGCACGGCUCGUUUGAGGACGAGGAAGAAGAAAUCCCGUUCAUGGAUGAGCCGUUUGAGUACCCCAGCUACCCUAAACAGGCUGCUCCUCUUUCUCCUCGAUCCAUGACGAUGUGCUCCGACUCAUCGGUUGCCUCGCCGAUUGGCGCGUCCCAUCACGAGUUCGAUUUCGAGGAACAAUCCACGCCUGCCCGAACACUCUCCUUUUCCGAAUCUGAACCGGACUGCUGUGCGAUGUCUACGUCCGGCUCGCCCUGCGGUUGCGAGGAAGAUUCGAACCAGUCAUCCACAUCUACGACCGCGUCCAGGUCGGUUACCCAUGGUGGUGAGCAUAUCGCUGCCACCCCCUCUACAGAACCAUCAACUUCGGGAGCGGCCACACUCCCAAAGCACACUCUCGAUACCACAGACUCUGAAACACCAACACCCAAACCCGAAACACAUACCACAUCAUCAUUCUUUGCCGAUACGAAGGCGACACCCAGCCAACAACGGCGACACCGCAGUUUAUCACCAUCACGCCCACACCCCCUCUCGGAGCGCGAUCUGGACCAGGUUCUUAGCGCGCACCGCGAUCCUCGCAACGCACAGCGUUUGCAGCUUAGUCGGAGGGAAAAGGGGAAAGAGAGGGAACGUGAGCGGGAAUGUAGCCCAGCUAUGCACAGGCGAAGAAGAGGAAGCCCAGGUGAAUCAAGUACCAGGAUACAGAAACCGCUGGCCGAGGUGGGACGGUCAAGGCCGCGGACCCGGAAGUGGGCGGAAGGCAGCUAG